CCUCAUAUUGAACGGGCCAAUGCGAACUGCGGUUUCAGGUCGCCAUAGAGACCGAUGCUGUUAAGAGCGAGAGGGCCUGAAGAAGGCGGGAACAGCUGAGCCCUUAUACGAAUCCAUGAGAACCUAGGAGUGGGCAUUUCACUUUUCCUGCGUCGGGGGAACUCCCUGAGGCCUUGACCUCUGACCUUUGACCUGUGUGCAGCUUCUGCUACUCCAGAUAUGGAGGACAUGAAUAAAAGAGACCAGCCAUUCAUGAUGAUUGAGAAAAAUGAUAGCCCAGACAAUCUGAUGUUCCAUUUGAAAAAUGGAAUGAGAAGUACCAAGUAUAAACGAGUAGACUAUCAACAAUUGCAUGCAUUGACUGAAGCAAAAAAAUUAGCUUCUGCCUCUACAGAGCUAAAGAUCCGAAAAGCAGUGCAGACUUCAAAAGCAUCUAAAGAGCAGACACUAAUAAAACAACACAAGCAAGUGUGGUGGCAGGAACACCAAAGGCUAAAUGACGUCAGGUAUAAAAUGGAAUCUGAAAUAAAAUCCUUUCUCAAUGAAGAGAACAUUGGAAAUGAAUGUCUUACUGACCUUACAAAUUUUGAACAAGAGUUAUCAGAACAAUGGUGCAUGUAUCUUAAAAAUGUGAUAAAUCCUAUUCAGCAGUUGAGAGCAGAUCUGAAAUACAGACAGCAUCACAUUUCCAAGCAUUCAUACUCACAUACUGAGUUUAACUCAGUGAAAGUACUGGAAGAGGUUGACUUUGUGAAGACACAAUUGAAAGCUGUCUUUGAAAGACUUAGCCUGGAGCAACAGAAAAUAGAAAACUAUCUUUCAGACUGGAGUAUGAAAAUACUAGAUCAUUCUUCAGAAGAAAGAUGUAACCUGCUUAGUGAAGUGCCCAUGGAAUUAGAAACCUUGGAAUGCCCAUAUCCUGAUUUAAAAUCUUCAGUUCUUAAUGAGUUCUAUAACUUUACAGAGAAAUAUCAAAAGAAACUUCAAGAUGUUGAUCUGCAGUUAGAAGACAUAGCCAGAAAUUUCCACUUAAGUGAAGAAGACCAAUGGAUUUACCAGGCUGUUCUGGAUCAGUAUCCUGCAGAUCUCUGUGGUAGAAGGACUCUGUAUCUCAACAUGUUACAAAGAUAUUUUCCUCACAAAUCUAGGCAUGAUUUGGUGGAACAUGAGAAAUAUUGUGAUCAGUAUCGCUUUGCUAGGGAGCAGCGAAGGAUCCUGAUAUCAAAUUGGAAUAAGAACAGGAGAGACUUUAUGAAGAAGGCCGUACUGACACUUGCUGAGGCCUGUGCAGCACAUGCCAUGGAGGGCACAUUGGCAAAGGAUAGGAGAAAGCAACAGGAACUGUGUGCUCAUCUGAAAGCCAAGGUUCUUCAGUGGCGAGCCCACCAGGAAGAAGUAGCAAGACUGGAAAUGGAAAUUUCUGCCAGAAGAAGAGAAAAGGAGGAGGAGAGAGAGAAGCUAUGGAAGAAGAAGGAAUUGUUUCAAAGAGCAGAGAAGAAAAAGAAAAUAAGAAAAUAUUGGGCUAAAAAAGAACAGAAGUGGCAAGAAGUGGAAAUGAGAGAUCUUCAGCGUCUAGAAGAACUGAAGAAAUUAAUGGCUGAACAGUCAGUAAAAGACAGAGAAAGGGUUAAAUAUAGACAAGAAUUACUGGAAAAGCGUUUGCUGGAGAAAAAAGCAGUGGCCCUCCAAGAAGCUCAUGAAGAAGGCGAGAGAGAGAGGCGACUAGAAGCCCUUAGGAAACAGGUUGCUAUUGUUGCUCAAUUUGAUCCUGUUAGAAUGAUGUCAGACACAAUGGCAUCAAAAGCAAGAAUGGGUAUUGGAACUGAAGAAGAAUUUAUUCUUCAAAAGCCACUCUUUACAUUGAAUACAUACAAUGAAUACCAGAUAAUUUCUGACCCUAGACUCCGUUUUGAGUUAGCAGUUCGAGAAGCUGGACUUCAUAAAACAUUUUAUGCCAGAGAGAUAUUACCAAAAAUCAGUCCUCAAAAACCUCCAAGAAAGGACAUGGAGUCUACUGUAUUUAAAAUCUAGAGUUCUUCUGUAAAUCCUACUAUAUGUAAACAAGAUUUUUCUUUGAAUACAUUUAUAUAGUUAACAAUUA